CGCGGAGACUGCAGCAGCUCGAGCGGGAUCUUAGUAAACUUAGUAGGGAGGUUCCUGCUGUGCGGGAUAUGAUUCAAUUACGUAUGUCCUCCCCUCACCCUCCCCUCCAUUUUAUCAAAAGCAGUACCAGUAGCGGUACCCCCAAGAGAAACAAACAGAAGCUAAGAAGAGAAUGAUAGACGACACCUUCCCCGACCUAAUCCGCCCAACACCCCCCCGCACGACCCCCGAAACACUCACCACGCAAAACCUCGCCUCAAUCGUCCUCGCCUACGUCUCCGCCUUCCCCGAAACCGCCUCGCGACUCUCCUCGCUCAACGACCUGCCCGUCCCCGACGCGGAGGCCUCGGCAGCGCUGGUCGCGCUACAGGGUCGGCUCGAUGCGCUGGCGCAGAUCCAGGAGGACCAGGCGGGUGAGGUGGCGGAGUUGAGGGUGCGGUCGGCGAGGGCGCUGCAGCGGUGGUAUGAGGUGGGGGUUGUUGGGAGCGGGGAGUGUUGGGCGGAGUGGGAGGGAAGAUUGGGGGAUGUGGAGAGGGAGGUUAGGAGGGUGGAGGUUUUGAGGGGGAGGAGGGAGAGGGAGGUCUAACUUUAUCCCCCCUGAUUUGGAUAUGAAUUGGUUUGGUU